AUCCAAAUCCAAAUCCAAAUCUUCAUAUAUUUCAUUUCCAAGCUCAACACAAGCACGCAUCACUACAUUCUGCAAAAUCCAAUCGUCAACCUAAGUUUUCCAUUCCAAAAUGACGUCGUCCUCGCAGGAGAGUACCGGCACCGGACCAAGCACUCACCAUACUCGGCGACGGAAGCCGCCUCGGCCUUCCCGCCAAGCUUCUUUCAGAGGAGAUUUCGGCCAUGCAGCAGCUGAGACUUACUUGGUCACAGGCCUCGCCAUCAAGCUUCUCCGAUAUCUCGGGAUAGGCUACCGGUGGAUGACAAGAUUAGCUGCACUUGCUUGUUAUGCUAUGCUGCUUAUGCCAGGCUUUCUUCAAGUUGCGUAUUAUUAUUUCUUCUCAAGCCAGGUCCGCAGGAGUAUUGUUUAUGGAGAUCAACCAAGAAACAGGUUGGACCUUUAUUUACCGACAAACAUAAAUGGACCAAAGCCAGUUGUGGUAUUUGUAACUGGUGGCGCAUGGAUUAUCGGGUAUAAAGCAUGGGGUUCUCUUCUUGGAAAACAGUUGGCAGAAAGAGACAUCAUAGUUGCAUGUAUUGAUUACAGAAAUUUUCCCCAGGGAACCAUCAGUGAUAUGGUGAAAGAUGCAUCACAAGGGAUUGAAUUUGUCUGCAACAACAUUGCUGAGUAUGGAGGUGACCCUGACAGGAUUUAUCUGAUGGGACAAUCAGCUGGUGCACAUAUUUCUGCCUGUGUUCUUUUGGACCAAGCCAUCAAGGAAUCUUUGGGAGAGAGCAUAUUCUGGAGUGUUUCCCAGAUAAAAGUUUAUUUUGGUUUAUCCGGAGGGUACAAUUUAUUCAAUUUAAUUGAUCAUUUUCAUAACCGUGGCCUAUAUCGUUCUUUAUUCUUAAGCAUAAUGGAAGGCACAGAGUCCUUUCAAGAGUAUUCUCCGGAAGUUAGAAUUGAGGAUCCGAGCAGUAGAGAGGCUGUUUCUCUCCUGCCUCCUAUUUUUCUUUACCAUGGAACCUCUGAUUAUUCAAUUCCAUCAGAUUCCAGUAAGUCUUUUGUCGAUGCACUUCAAAGGGUAGGAGCUGAAGCAAAGCUAUUUUUGUUUGAAGGAAAAACUCAUACAGAUCUCUUUCUACAGGAUCCUUUGCGAGGUGGCAAGGAUGAAUUGUUUGAACAUAUAGUUUCAGUGAUACACGCCAAUGAUAAGGAUGCUCAAGCGAAGGACGCUAUGGCACCUCCAAGAAGACGCCUUGUUCCUGAGCUACUGUUAAGGUUGGCUCAUGAUAUCAGUCCGUUUUAGACGACUGGAAUUUUCAUCUCUUAGUUUUGCUGUAGCUUUGCCUAUGCUCCGUAGCCUUAGAAAUUCCUCCACCGAAUAGUUUCGAAGGCCAUUGUGUAUGUGCCAUUUUAUUAAAGGGCAGGUAUUAAUCCCCCAUUGUGUUUGUGUAUGUGCCAUUUAUGUUCAGAAAUGUUGGGACCUUGAUUUGUAGGUGAUAUUGGUUCGUUUCAUUUGAUUCAUGAUUUUUGAGAGAACUGUUGUAUAUUAAGAUCUGGACUUGUAAUCCUCAGUGCAUACAUAUAUGAUUUCUACACCAGCACUCUCAGGCUGGGAAGCUGGGCUUC